UGAAAAGACUGAUUUUGAAAAAUUUGGCUGACAUUAAAAAUGUUUCCUAUGUGAUUAGUAUAAACCUCGUUAAUAUUGCUCGAUAAAUUAUUCAGUUUAAUACCAAUUAAGUUGACCCCGUUUGUAUUCUCCCGAUUUCUCCCCCAAUUGAUAUCUAAUCCCGAUAACAAAAGAUAAACUCGUAAAAUUGAAUCCAAAAAUUAAAACCAUUUAGAAGUUAAUAAACCUCAACAAAACCAGCUUAAAUCCAUUUAAUCAAAUGUUUUGACAAAUGAAUGAAAAAUAGGCGCCAUCAUGUCUGUUCCUCCAUCAAUGCUGAAACAAUGCUCGCCGGAAUACAAAUGCUUGUAACACCACGUCUUACAAAAAGUACCCUUAUGUUGAACAUUAUAAGGUCUACAAAAUCUGAAGGGAAACGACGCCCUCAAUUCUCUGCCACCGUCAAUCAAAUUUCAGCUUUAUUGUGUGCAAGAUAAAGACUAAACGAUGAAACAAUGUUGCGAUUUUGUUUGUAUGCGUGAGUCGCGCAGUCGCCCCGAGCCACCGGCAGUCAGCUCGGGGGCGCCACUGAGCUCGGUUGUAUCAAACCUCCACGGAGUUUGCACCACACCGGAGUCAUACUAAAAUUUGUGAAAAAAAAACUAACUGUCAAUUCCCGCCUUCCAUUUUCAAUUUUAAUACUCUUUAAAUUUUUUUUCGAACACAAGUGUUUAUAUUCAGCCUGGUUGGUUUACACUUUUAAAUUGAGUAUAAAAUAAAUCUGUCGGAGUUUUUUUAUUGAGGCUAAAGUAAGAUGUGCGUUUUAUGAGUGUAAAAGACAGCGGCGGCAAACGUUUGGUCGUGUCGUGUAUUACGUAACGGUUCCGGGGAAAAUCGAUACCCUGGGCGUAUAAAUAGCGGCGAGUGUUGAGAACAGCUGGCCGCCCGCCAGAACCAUGCAGCCUACGAGGAUGCGCCGACCUCGCCGGCACAGAUGGCUGACCGUUUCCGUAUUUUUCAUCGCGUACUCCGUGUUUCAAGCGGUGUACAGCCCCUCGAACGCGUCCGAACCUAACGACAGCCCGGUGGAAGAAAACCUGGCCAUUGAGAAGCCUACCUUCAGGACUGAAACGUCGAAAGAGGUUCCUACUCCAGAAAUCCCGAUAACCCAGCCGACGGUGCAAGAGGAGGAGAGUUCCCCAACCGGUUCCAAAAAAGGGCUUAAAGGACUCGAGGAUGAAGACGAACCGGAUAAGAAGGGACAGAAGGAUGCCGGAUAUGUUGAGGACAGUGAAACGGACACCAUUCGCGAAGAGGAGAGAAAGGAAUGGAAGAGCAAUCCCACCGUAAAACCUCUUCGUGUUAACUGUUCCCCACCAGCCAUAGAACAGUUCCCCAAGCCCCUCAUGGGUCAGAACGCUCGCAAGCACGGCGGCCUGAUCAUCCACAUCCUGGUCGCAGUGUUCACGUUCAUCGGUCUCGCUAUUGUGUGCGACGAGUACUUCGUGUCCAGUCUCGAUAGGAUCUGUGAAGAAUUAAAGUUAGCUCCUGACGUGGCCGGUGCAACAUUCAUGGCGGCCGGCAGUUCUGCGCCUGAACUGGCAACAGUGGUUAUUGGGGUCUUCUGCGCUCAGGAUGAUAUUGGUGUGUCCGGUGUGAUCGGUUCGGCCGUCUUCAACAUAAUGUUCGUGAUCUCGGUCUGCGCUCUCUGCGCCGGCACCGUCUCUCACCUCAACUGGUGGCCUCUCUGCCGCGACUGCUUCUUCUACGCCAUCUCCAUCCUCGUGAUGCUGUGUACCAUCGCUAAUUCCAUCGUGUCUUGGCCCGAGGCUCUGUUCAUGUUGAUAAUGUACGCGGUGUACUGCGUGGCGCUGCGGUUCAACACGGCGCUGGAGCGCUGGGCCAUGAGCCUCCCGCUGCCCUUCAAGCUGCCCACCAGGGAGGAGCAAGCCGCACUCGUCACCUACAAGAGCGCUGGAGGCCAGCCUGCCGCCGCCGCUGGAGACAGCACGUACGCUCAGAUGGAGGGACAGACCAAGGAAACGCCGCUACAGGACUCCCCUACAUACAACCCUGACGGAGCAUACGUGAACGCGGCAUACAACGCCGAGCCGACGCCGGUGUGGGACCCCAACCAGGAGUGGGACCCCAACAGGGCCUGGGAUGACACGACCCAAAGCUACGGCGCCCCUGUUGUCCCACAACAGACCCAGCACCAGCAACAGGCGAUGACUGGACAACAGCAACAGCAACAACAACAGCAACAGCAGCAGCAACCGACGGAUCAACAGCAACCAGCACAGCCCGCGGCUCCAGCUUAUUACAAAGCUAAGGAGUACAAUCCUGAAACGGCUGUAGAUCCUCUCGUCAAGCCCAUCGGAGCAAACCACUUCCAGCUGGCCUGGUGGUACCUGGUGUUCCCCAUCCACUGGUCGUGCCGCUACACCAUGCCCGACUGCCGCGGCCGCUGGUACCCCGUCACCUUCAUCAUCAGCAUGCUCUGGAUCUCAUUCUACUCCUACUUCAUGGUGUGGAUGAUUACCAUCAUUGGCUACACCCUCGGCAUCCCGGACACUGUGAUGGGGCUCACGUUUGUGGCUGCGGGAGUCUCCGUGCCUGACGCACUCUCCUCGCUCGCCGUCAUCAAGGAGGGCUAUGGAGACAUGGCUGUAUCUAACGCGGUCGGCUCCAACGUCUUCGACAUCCUGGUGUGCCUCGGCCUGCCGUGGUUCAUCCAGACCGCCAUCAUACAUCCCGGCAGCCACGUCAACGUUUAUCAUAAAGGUCUGAUCUACUCAACCCUUUCGCUGUUCUCCACCGUGGUGUUCCUGGUUGUCGCGACUCACGCAAACGGCUGGAAACUGGAUCGCAAGUUCGGUGCCGUACUGAUGGUAUGGUACAUUUUAUUCAUCACCCUCGCCAGUCUCUACGAACUAAACGUUUUCGGAUAUUACACGCACCCCGACUGUGUCUCUAGCUAUUAAUUUUUUACAUUGACAACUUUUUGAUUUGACGUCAAAUUUCGUUUUGUUGGCACCCAUGAUUGUAACUGUCAUGAAUGUCAAAUCAAAGAAGGUUUUAUAUAAUUUAACUAUUUAGUUAAUAAUGAUUGUGUAAU